AUGGGCAAUCCAAGCAUGACUACCAUCGCCAAUAAGGGUGUACCGUUGGUUCAGUCUAUUAAGGCUGGUUUGAUACUUUCUCGUAUUCCAAUUGUCACCGCAGAACUGACUAAACUGGAAUCACAGUACUACAAAUAUCAAUCUGAACUAGAAAGACGGUUAAUGUGGACUUUCCCACAGUAUUUUUACUUUAAGAGAGGUACUCUAGCAGAGCGUCGUUUCUUAGACGUCCAAAAAGGUGUGGUUUCCAAACAACCAGGUGUUUGGUUCCCUCAAGGCGUUCCAGAUGUCAGACACAACAGAGAAAGAAGUAGAAAACAAGAUAUCUUAUUACCUAAACAGGUAUCAGAGGGCCGUGAUGAUAGUAAAAUGUCAAGAGAGAUUGUUCCCAACUCUAGAACAACGAAUGCGGAUGAAGCCAAUGACAUUAAGAGUCUGGAGAGGAAACUAGACAGGACACUAUACCUACUAUUAAAGGAUCAACAAGAUCGUUGGAGGUUUCCUAGUUUCUCUGUAUCAGCAGCCGCCGAAAGUGGUGUGAGAUCCCUUCAUGUGGCGGCUGAGAAUGGUUUAAAAGCAUCAAGUGAUUCGAAAAUCAACACAUGGACAGUUUCUACUACUCCUGCAGCUGCGUUGCGCGAUGGCGAAGUAACUGAGUUCCUAAUUAAAUCUCACAUAUUAGCUGGGGAAUUCAAACUGCCAGAAAAGAAACCAUAUAAGGAAUUUGCAUGGCUCACGAAAGAAGAGAUAGAAGCCCAUACGGACCCGGAAUACUUUGCCAAAAUUGACUUCUUAUUGGCAAACAUUUGA